CGAGACUGGUCUAUAUUCAUCUGUUCCGCGGUUCUUCGGGUGAGAGGGGAAAGACGCCGCCGAAGCAAACUUCACCAAUCGAUUAUAAUUAAUCUUGUUAAAAAAAAAGGCAAUAAAGAAGGAAAGUACGUCAUUCGUAAACGAAACGGAAGAUUAACGGAGACUCUACGAUGGGAGACAUAAAAUCAUUUCUUCAUCAGUGGUGUGCGAAGAAUCAGAAAGAACCGACAUUCGACGUUAGACCGACGGGGCCCAAGCAUCGUCAACGUUUUUUAUGCGAAUUACGAGUAACUGGUUUCGAAUAUCUUGCUGCGGGACAUUCGACCAACAAGAAAGAUUCACAGGGCAAUGCGGCGCGUGAUUUCAUCAGUUAUCUUGUGCGAACGGGCCAUGUAAACCCCAAAGAUGUUCCGGGGGACCUGACGUCUGCCCCAGCAUCUGUUGGAACUUCUGGCCAAGAAGCAGGCGUCGAAGCUCGUGAUUUACCGACUAAGUCGGUAUUUCGCGAUGGCAUGGGACCCAACGACAUCGGCCAAGCUUACAGGGCUUACAACGACCGUGGACAAGGAAAUUAUACGUACAUCGAUAGACUUGCGGAUCAAAAAAAAGUUGAAGAAGCGGAAGACGUUGAUGUCAAUUCUGGUAUCCAUGGCAAUUGGACCAUUGAAAAUGCCAAAUCAAAACUCCAUCAAUUCAUGCAAACUAACAAAGUUAAUGCCGAUUAUAAGUAUACUCCCGUCGGUCCGGAUCACACAAGGAGUUUCAUGGCUGAAAUGAGUGUUUACGUGAGUCAACUUGGACGAACAAUAACGGGACGUGAGACAGCAUCAAACAAGCAGACAGCUUCAAAAAGUUGUGCCCUGUCAAUAGUUCGUCAACUAUAUCAUUUGGGUGUGAUCGAAGCGUUCAGCGGCACAUUGAAGCGAGUAAAGCCAGCGGAUCAGAUAAAGCCUUAUCCGGUGAAAAUAUCCCCCGAGCUCGAAUCACAAAUAAAAGAAGUGCUGGAAGGGCUGGAGAUCGAGCCGAUCGAUACAUCGCGAGCGAAUCAAGAAAAUUUAAAGCGAGAAGAGGAAGCUACGGCAGGUGGAAACACGCCGGCGAUGUCGAGCCAUGGUGUAUCGCUGCUAACAGAUCACGUGCUCGACGACUUCAUAUCAUCGGUACCGCAACCAGCAGGAGUUGUAAGUUGGUCACCGCCACAGCCAAAUUGGAAUCCAUGGCUGGGUUGCAACAUAGACGAGGGUCCGCUGGCUACGAUGCCAUUGGACAAACUGUCGGAGGACAUAAUGAACGACGAUCGAGAAAGGCUUCAGCAAGAUUCGAGCCUGCAACGGAGUAUCAAGGAACGAUCGGAACUGCCAGUUUUUGCGAUGAAGAACGAAAUAAUGACAGCGAUAAAUGACAAUCCGGUAAUAAUUAUUCGUGGCAAUACCGGAUGUGGCAAAACAACACAAGUCUGUCAAUUUAUCCUGGACGAUUACAUAGCAUCAGGACAAGGAGCCUAUUGCAGCAUCGCUGUGACCCAACCUCGUAGAAUCUCAGCAGUUUCCGUAGCCGAUCGAGUAGCGGUCGAAAGAUGUGAAAAUUUAGGACAAUCGGUCGGUUAUUCGGUGCGUUUUGAGUCCUGCCUGCCACGUCCUUACGGCAGCAUAAUGUUUUGUACAGUUGGUGUACUUUUGCGAAAACUCGAGGGUGGUCUUCGUGGCGUGUCCCAUGUAAUCGUCGACGAAAUUCACGAGCGUGACGUCAACUCUGACUUUAUAAUGGUCGUUCUGCGCGACAUGAUUCACCAGUAUCCAGACUUGAGGAUCAUCCUCAUGUCUGCUACCAUCGACACGACUUUGUUCAGUCAGUAUUUCAAUAAUUGUCCAGUUAUCGAAAUUGCUGGACGUUCUUUUCCCGUACAGCAAUAUUUUCUCGAGGAUUGUGUACAUCUCACGAAUUUUGUGCCGCCGCUCGACUCAAAAAAACGAAAAAAUCGCGAGACCGACGACACCGCCCUUGAUACAGAACCCGACGAGAAUUUGAACAAAUGCGUUGACAGCAAAUACAACGAUCGCGUACGUCAAAUCAUGUCACAGCUCACCGAGAAGGAAAUAAGCUUCGAAUUGAUCGAUGCCCUUCUCGUUUACAUCAGAAAUCAAGGCAUCCAUGGUGCGGUUCUCGUAUUUUUACCCGGAUGGAACCUCAUCUUUGCUCUCAUGAAAUAUCUCCAACAACACCCACUUUUCGGGGGUUCUGGCUACAUUAUCAUUCCUCUCCAUUCGCAAUUGCCCCGCGAAGAUCAACGACGCGUUUUCGAACCUGUUCCCAAUGACAAAACCAAAAUUAUUCUUUCCACCAAUAUUGCUGAAACGUCCAUCACCAUCAACGACGUCGUUUACGUAAUCGACUCCUGCAAAGCCAAAAUGAAAUUGUUCACUUCUCAUAACAAUAUGACCAAUUACGCGACUGUCUGGGCGAGCAAAACAAACCUUGAACAGCGAAUGGGCCGUGCCGGUCGAGUCAGACCUGGAUUUUGCUUUCAUCUCUGCUCACGAGCCCGAUUUGAACGUAUGGAUCAGCAUAUGACUCCCGAAAUGUUCAGGACUCCUCUUCAUGAACUUGCCCUGAGUAUUAAACUUCUCAGAUUGGGUAGCAUUGGAAAAUUCUUGUCCAAAGCCAUUGAACCACCGCCUAUUGACGCCGUCAUCGAAGCUGAAGUGAUUUUAAGAGAAAUGAAAUGUCUUGAUUCCAACGAUGAACUCACGCCCCUUGGCAAAAUUUUGGCGCGUUUACCGAUCGAACCCCGACUCGGUAAAAUGAUGAUCCUCGGCUGCAUGUUUCGUGUUGGAAACGCUCUCUCAACUAUGGCAGCGAAUAGUACUACCUUUCCCGAAGUUUAUACCAUGGGACCUGACAAUCGCAGAUUAACGACUCAACAAAAAUGGUUCGCUGGUGCAAGAUACAGCGAUCACGUGGCCAUGGUACAUGCUUUCGAAGCCUGGGAGGAGGCCCGGGCUGGUGGUGAAUACGCCGAACAAACUUUUUGCGAUUCGAAAAACUUGAGCUUACCCACUUUAAGAGUCACAUGGGAGGCUAAGAAUCAAUUGCAAGGCCUUCUCUUAAGCACCGGAUUUCCAGAGGAAACUCUCUGUCCGACGCCUUUAAAUUAUCAAGCCGGAGCGGAUGUCCGUCUCGAUACGAUCACAGCACUUCUCUGUAUGGGACUGUACCCGAACGUUUGUUAUCACAUAGAGAAGAGAAAAGUGCUGACAACCGAAUCCAAAGCCGCAUUGAUUCACAAAACGUCGGUUAAUUGUAGCAACUUCGAGCAAACGUUUCCUUUCCCAUUUUUCGUAUUCGGAGAGAAGAUUCGUACGAGAGCAGUUUCCUGCAAGCAAAUGACGAUGGUGUCUCCCAUUCAUCUGCUACUUUUUGGUUCCCGCAAAGUCGAGUACAUCGAUGGAGUUAUAAGACUCGAUAAUUGGGUGAAUCUCGAUAUGAAAGCGGAACACGCUGCUGCUAUCGUUGCUUUGAGACCUGCCUUGGAAAGUCUCGUUGUCAGAGCGGCUAAAGAUCCUGAAACCAUUCUCGAGCUUAGUCCACUCGAAGAAAAGGUUUUGGCAGUGAUUAAGGGUCUUUGUGGAAUGAACGCGGGUCGUUACGAAAUGGAACCGAUUACCGGUGGUGGCUUCACAUCUCGUCGUCCUCCGCGGGGUCAUAUGACUGGCUUCGGGGGCGACGACAAUGGAUGGCAACCAAAAUUCAUGCGGGGCGAGGGUGGAUUCCGGGGGCGAGGUUAUGGUUCCGGCGGCGGAAAUUUCGGAGGUGGAAAUUUGAGAGGCGGUAACUUCGGGAAUUCCAGUGUUGGCGGUAAUUACGGAAAUUACGGUAAUUCCGGUGGUGGACAUCAUGGUAAUUUGGGCACCGGCAAUUUCGGAAAUUCUGGUGGCGGUGGCUACGGAAGCGGAACUUCAGGAGGAAGAGGCUAUGGGAACCGCGGUGGUAACUACGGCAACGACAGAGGUGAAUUUUCCCGUGAAGGUGGCGGAAAUUGGGGCAGCCGAGGAAACGGAACUUUCGGUCGGAGAUAUUAAAAGAACAAUAUUCAUCUUUCAUUCCUUCGUUGAAUAACCUUCUAUAUCGUUUUCUCUUUCCUUGCCUUAAUUUUACAUUAGUAAAUCUAAUUACGAUAUUUCUACUAAAAUCAAAUUUCCCUUCUACGUCAUUUUUAGGAUGAUGUUUAAAAUAAUGAGAAUCCGAUUAUCGUAACUCGAUUAUGAAUUAUGAACGUAAAUAAUAAUUUUAUGUAAUUUUAUGCAAUAAAUGACGAGGGAAGUAUUGAAA